AUGGCAUGUUUAGAAAUGUACAACUCAGAGCACAAAGGUCAUCAUCAUAAUCAAUAUCAUAAUCACAGUUUAUCAGUGAGUCCAAGAAUCUCAUUCUCAAACGAUUUUGUAGACACACAACAAGUUUCAAACCAAGAAAAAACCACUACUAAAUCAGAUGGACCAGUUUCAACUGACUUUGAGUUUUCUGUUUCAAACUACUCAAUGAUGAGUGCUGAUGAGCUUUUCUUCAAGGGAAGAUUGUUACCUUUUAAAGAUAGUAGCAAGAAAAUUACUACUCUAAGGGAAGAACUACUUGUAGAUGAUGAUGAAGUUUGUGAAAGACAAGGUUUUUCUCUUAGGCCGCCAAAAGGGUCGUCUUCUUCUACAACAAGGUGGAAAGGGUUUUUGGGUUUGAGAAAAAGUCACAUUGGUUCUAAGAAAGUCGAAAAGAGUGAAAAUGUUGAAUCAAGAAGAUCUGGUUUGGUCAAUGAGAGUGCAAGGCUUAACAUUGCUACUCCACAGGAGAUUUUGAUUGAAGGAGGGUCAAAUUGCAGUGACUUUGAGUUUGGAAUAUAG